AUGCCACUUCCGGCUCCGGCCCCGCCUGGCCGAACGGGCCGUGCCGGUCCGCCGCCCCUCUCCCCGCCCUCUUUGGCGGCGUCGAGCGUUCCAACACCGGUCUCGGUGUCGGGAAGUUCCCUCUCUCCAGAGAGUUCCUCGUCUGUCUAUUCGCUCCACGCGUCUUCGCCGUCGUCCGUGCCGAGUGAACCUUCGGCGCUCGCGCUGCCCAGUUCCUACCGGUGCAUCGCGACGCGCUCGGCACCAGUCCAACUGCCUGACUCCGCUCCGUUCGCUUCCCCCGUCAGUCUCUGCCGCUCCUUUUCCUCCAGCACAUCCUCCCCUCCGUCUCCGCGUCCGGCCCGGUCCCCGCCGAACACACCCUCGCACAGUCUCGGCCGGGCGCUCGGUUCUCAAGCGCCUCUCGGCUCGUGUACGCCCCGAAGCGCCAAGCGAACUUGCCUCGAUGGACUGUCCACACAUUCGGACUCGACUCCCGCGCCUAACCCUGUGCCUCCGCUCGCCUCAGGAUGCUCUGCAGGCGUCCCUGGCCUCCCUCCUGCCUCGCUGUUCCUCUGCUACACGCUGCCGGAAGAGCUGGAUCUCCUCUUGCUGGAUCCUACUGCUGUCGCCGCUGAGAAAACAUCACAAAAACCGCCUCCACGCCGACCACGUGGCGGGCCCGAGCCCGGCGAAACGGCGGAAUGUGCUGCAUGCGCGGGGGCGGGAACCGGAGAAGACCGACAGCCCCGUGCCGAUGGACUGCGCACGGAAACGGAGCAAGUCAACGGCAGUGGUCCGCUGAACAAAUCUCAACGACUAGCACAAAGUGAGGGCAUUCGAGACGCCGAGAGGAACCCUGAAGCAGACGCGCCGCUGCGCGCUCAGUCGCCGUCGUGUGUCGACCCAGUGGCACGCGCCGACUCAAGCGGGGCAAAGCGUCCGGGGCCUGUCUGUGCGGACGGACCCGCGCCUGCGUCGACCUCCCCGGAGUCUUCAGAUGGUCCGCGACAAAGCGAAGCUCCUGACGGCUCUCCUGCGGCAAGGACGAGGCUGGACGCACUUCCGGCUCCUGGCGCUGGCGACCGAGGCGACAGCAGUUCAGGCGGCUCCGGAGGGGAACUGGACGCAUCGGGUUCAUCCGACAGGGAGAAGCUCCAGUGCAGCUGCAUUAUUCUGCUCACGAGGUGGACGCGGUACGGAGAGGUGGUCUCGGGAUUCGCCCCCGCACAGGGAAGCGCCUCGCGGGGAGUCUCCUCGCGAGCUGCGCCUGUCCUGCAGGACUCGCUGUGUGCUUCCGCGUGUUCUCCAACCCGAGGGAACUCUGGUGGCAAGCGGCGUGCCAAGGACGCGACGGAGUGCAGUCCGAUUUUCCCCGGACCGCCCCCGUGCCGAGCAGAAGACGAGCGAUUCACGCACGACCUCGCAGUGGAGGCGUUCCCUCCGCACGCGCCUGCCCCAACAUCUGCGGCUGUCUCGCAGCCGCUAGGAAUCUUCAUGAAACACCUGGACCAACUGUGCCCCGCCGAGUUUCUUCUGCUCGCCCGCUGCGUUAAAGACCGGCUGCCGUAUGCCAUUCGGGCCAUCCUCGACGAAGCAGGGGAUGGCGGCAACCCUCCGUGCGGAAACUGGAAAGAGAGCGAGUUCAGCUUCGAGAUUUCGGACAAGAUCGCUGCGGCAGAAGAACCGAUUCGACUGGGACUCUCCACUCAUCGCAGGGACACCAGGGACCAGGAAUUGUCGCCGAGCAUAGCCACGCGGGAGCCCGAGGAGAAACACAGGAUGUCGCCGUGCAACGAGGCUGAGCAGGCGGACUCCUUGUCCUCUGGAGCCUUUCCGCGCGUGCGCGCGCCUAGCGAAUUGAAGAAGGUCGAGCUCUCCGGUGCGCCCCAACUCGACCGCGGAGGCGCCCACGCGGAGCACACCCGCGUGGCAACAAGCAUCUCUCAGGUCUCAGAAGAUCGCGAAGAAACGCAGGGGGAAGCGGGAGAAGGACUGGAGGAGGCGCGCGGAUGCCGCGGGCCUCAAAGCCGUUUUGUGUUCAGUUCCAAGGAGGUCCAUGGAUCGCCGUCUCCAGCGUUUCCGGAGGGAGCGGACGAGGCGCUCUCGGGAGUGAUGGAAGAACUUGAGCAGCAGCUGUGUGAUCUUCAGCUGCGAACAGGAAUGGCGCCUUCCUGCACGCCCGUGCCCGCCUCGACUGCUCAGCCCAAACGUUCCAAAGGGUUAAACCCUAACGCUCCUCCUUUCCGGAGUCUAAAGACGCCGCACCCGUCCAUCGGGAUCUCUCCGGGAUUCGUUCCCCUUCCUUUGACCGGGUCCUCUCUGUUGGGCUCGGUUGCUCCGCGCGGAUCUGCCGUUCCGGUCCUCCCCCCGUGCCCAGCCCCGCGCUGUCCUCGUGCCAGGGAGACUCGUCCCCUGGCCGACGCUGCGCCUGCCGAGGGGGGGAUGGCGGAGGCAGCUGUUUGCCUUCCGUGCUUCUCUGGAGGCGCGCCAGGAGGAAGCGGGUUCGGGGACGGUUUGUUGAGCGGCUGGGGCGCAGGGUUGGUUGACCAGGCGACAGGAGUUCCUGUCCUCGGAGACGCCCAGACUCAGCCUGGCGUCUUUCCCGGGCCGCCCGACUGCAUGCAGGCAUGGACGCGAACAGAGGGACCCGGCGGAAGGCCGCUCGAGGGAUGGGGAGGCGUCGCGGAGCAGAGAGACAGCGAGUUCGAGACGGACGAGCUGGAACUGAUGCGGGCACUCGGCCUACCCACGCAGUUCGCCUCGUCCCGCCACACCGCGCGCCACCGCAAGACACACAGAGAAGAGAAAAGCUACGAUUUCUCACCGCCAGCGGUGAAGACGUCGCCGCCUCACGGGUACCCCGCGUCUGGCUUCUGGCCGGGCGUGCCCGGGGCGCCGGAAACGCAUGCGGCGAUAAAUGGGGUUACACCCGACUUUGGCAGCUGGAAUGCCGCGGCCCUCGCUCCUGUCCAACCUUGCGCGGGGGCUGUUGGAGGCGAAGAGGAGCCGACGGGGAGGCGAAAGUGCGCUUGCGGAACUCUGGCGGAUGCUUGCAAACAGUAUAAACAAGACCCAGGCGGCCAAGGAAAACCGGCGCCCAAGUGGUUUGAAGGCUCCAAGGACAAAACCCCCCAGAAUGACUCACCAGUCGCUUCUUCGGACGCGUCUCUCCUUCCUGCGUACGACCGCGUGGGCAACAGCACCGACUCCUCAUACUACAGAUUGCGCUACACGCUCUUCCACAAGUACGACGAAGGAAUGCUGCUCGAUGAGAACGCCUGGUUCGAAACCACUGCUGAGUGCAUUGCGGCUUACCUCGCGUCCGUCCUGCACCAGGUGUCUGUACACGCCAGAACGCAGAGCUUACCAGUCUCAGGAAGCCUGUGCGUCGCGAGGAACGCGAGUCCCAAGUCUUCGAUUCCGUGUGUGCCCAGCGCGCGGGAAGCGCUUGACGCCCGGGAGACACUUCCUGAGGGCAGUUCCUCGCCUGGCGUCCGAGCCGAGAAGGCAAGCGGCACCGAGACUUGUGUGCGCGAAGUCGUGACUGGAUUCAAAAAUGACGCACCUGUCUCUGCUUCAGACCAGCGGUCGAGCGCCUGCACCCUAGGCUCCUUGCCCACCGCGAGGAAGGGCGACGCGCAGCGCACGGCUCAGGGCGAGAUACCGCGGGGCGCUGGCGGGAGGAACGGCUGCCAAAGAAGGAACGUCCCGCGGGAAGAAGCAGCUGGCGAUUCCGGAGUGCCGACCGCGUCUCGCCCCUUGGUUGCCAUGGAUGGCUGCUGCGGGGCAGGCGGAAACGUGAUUCAGUUUGCUCGGUUUUUCGACGCAUGCGUUGGCGUGGACUGCGACCUCGUGAAAGUGGCGAUUUGCAAGCACAACGCUUCGCUGUACGGAGUCCGCGAUCAGGUGUACGUCCACCACAACACCUUGGCUGGGUGGCUGCAGGAGCGGCAGGCGGCUCGGCGCCAGCUUCGACGAGCUCGGAAGGAAGCGGCGAGUCACAAGUGCGCUGGCCGGGAAGAACGGGAGACUGACUCGCAGACGUUCGACGAAACCGACCGAGAGUCUCUCCGCUGUUUCUGCUGCAAAGAAUUCUCUCGAGUGAAGUGCCGAUUCUGCGUCCACGAAGGGCAUUCGCCCGGCUCCUCGUUUGCCCGGUUCUUCACAGAAGAAUGCAGAAACGACAGACUCUCUGAAGAGGAUCUCGCGGCACUGCACGCGUCCCUCUUCUCUGAGUCGCCUUCUCGCCCCCUGACGCACCAACGCUCGCUGGUCACGGACAUCGCCUGGUGCUUUAUGUCUCCUCCGUGGAGCGGCCCGAGCUACUCAGGACGACGUUCCUUCCGAUCGCAGCUCUUCUCCGUGGCGGGUGGCCAAGACGGAGGCGGGGGAGUUGGCUCCGCGCACAUUCCCUCCCUUGUCAAAGCUGCUGCUCGGAUCGCGCCAAACGUCUGCCUCUUCCUCCCGAGAUCGACAAACGUUCACGAGCUGGCCGCCCUUGCGGUGGCCCUCCGUUUUCCUCUCCUUGAAAUCGAGGUCCUGUACUCCCACUUUAUCGACCGGACUGCCGGCGACCAGUCUCCCUCUCUCUUCCCUAAGGCAGUAAUUGCGUACUUGGUCCGGGAUGUCGCCUCGUGGGUUGCCAUCCGCGGGUUGCCGGCGGAGUCACCGGUGCCCGGGCGCUCGAGCAGCUCUGGACCCGGUUGCCCCACGCAGCGGCCCGCAGGGGCCGACCAGUCUCCGUGCCGGACUUGGGCAGUUCCCCGUGGCUCGAGGAGUCCAGGCGGAGCGGCGCGCGAGGCGUGCGAGGCUCGCGAGGCGCGCGAGGGCCUUCCAGCGGCCCGGUGCCUGCAGUUUCGGUCCCCCGCGGGGUGUGAAAAGCUGCCUGCGUAUGCGUGGCUGUCUCUGACGCCGUAUCUCCGCGUACGCGAAAAAACGGGGGACAGUCCGUGCCACAGCGCCGGCAGCAGGGAUGGAGAGGCACACGGCAAAAAGCGGAAAGGGUGCAAGAAAUCGCGCGUCUCUGCGACCCCCAAGCAGGCCGAGACUCGGCCGGAAGAGUUGACUCUGCCGUGCCGGAAGGAGGGGAAGAGGGACCGCUCCGCUGGGGCGGACCGUGUGUCCGAGUUUUGGACUGCCGCACUGAAAGCGAUAGGCGCGUUGCUGGAACGGGAGGACGCAGAAGCCCCGAGAGAGUGGCAGUUAGGCAAGCGUGGAACGGCGACUGAGAGGAGCGAGUGCGGAGGGCGAGUGGGGAAGACAGAGUCGCGCGGAAAGGCGGAAGAGGCAAGACAGAACUCCCCCGCGACAGCGGAAGUGCGGGGAAAGAAAAGUCGUGCUCACGAAAGGGAAACAACAGACACGGACUCUGUUCCGGCGGGCAGAGAAAAAGGAGUCGUGUCGACCGGAAAGGAAUCCCUUUUUGUGGAAGAAGGGGAGAAAGACGAGAGGGAGAGGGACGCGUCAGACAGGCCUACGAAGCACCCAGACAAGAAGCGGGCCAGGGCGUUAGGAGACAUUCUCGCGAGCCUGCAAGAUGAAACGAUGCUUCUUGAAGAGAUCCUGACUGCUGCAGCCACGGCGGAAGAGGGGCACUGGCGGGGCAAGGGCACGAAUACGAAAUGGGACACGUUUCUCGACGUUCUCGGGGCGCGAAGUUGA